CAGACUCGUGUCUGAGGGGGGCUGCUGCCGAAAGCUGCCGAGGGUGGCUGCUGCUGCUGCUGCUGCUGCAGUGCGCCUCGUGGGUUUUGCGCAACGUGGUCGCGCAUGUGUCGGCAGCGGUCCCUCAUGGCUCCCUUCCCUCGGAGCCUCUCUCUCGCUCUCCCUCUUUUAUGAGCGCGCGAGGGAUCGCAAUUCUGGCUCGUGCGGCGAUUUCUGCUGAGUUCUCUCGCGCAGCUGUCAGAUCGGAUCCGCUCGUCUGAGGCUCUCGUUCGAGCGUCGAAUUUCGCGGUCCGGUCAUCUCGUUCGCCUGUUUGGUGCGAGUGAGCGAGCGUGCGUGCGUCCGUGCGCGUGUCGCCUGUCCCUUAUCCCAUCGACGCCGUUCUCGUCUCCGUUGCGACCGUCCUCGAGGAUUGCACGGUGCGGUUGGCCUGAUUACAAUAGUGCGCGCUAGUGGUCGAAUUCAAGAAUCAACUACUGGAAGCGAUGGAAGUAUUAUCGCCUUUGAUCAGUGGUCACAGCGUCUCUGUAUCCGGAAGAGCAGCUCGAACCGGGAAUCGUGUUUCCAGCAGAGCGCCAUGUACGAGUCACAUGUUGAAAAUUAAUUGUACAUUUUUUGGGAGCCCAGUUAGUUCUGCAUGUUGUGGCCAAGGUACCAAGAUUCGUAGGAGUUAUCAACCAGGACAAGCAUUUGCGAUCGAUGCAGCUCAGGGUUUUGACUACGAAUCUAUCCGACUUCAUGAGCUGCAAAUGAAGAACAGGUUGAAGGUGGGAAUUGUAGGGUUUGGAAAUUUCGGCCAAUUCUUGGCUCAGAGAAUUGUGAAGCAGGGACACACUGUUUUGGCACACUCCCGAUCUGAUUACGGCGCCAUAGCACGAAAACUCGGGGUGACAUAUUUCAGGGAUGCAGAUGACUUCUGUGAAGAACAUCCAGAGGUUGUCAUCUUGUGCACCUCAAUACUUUCCACUGAAUCAGUUCUUGCAUCUUUACCUAUCCAGCGGUUGAAAAGGAAUACUCUCUUUGUCGACGUGCUCUCUGUCAAAGAGUUCCCUAGGAAUCUCUUUCUUCAGGUGUUGCCCUCAGAGUUUGAUGUGCUCUGCACUCAUCCCAUGUUCGGACCAGAGAGUGGAAGAGGCAGCUGGGCCGGCUUGCCCCUCGUGUACGAUAAAGUUCGUAUUAGAGAUGGACCACGCACAGAACGUUGCAGGAAAUUUUUGAACAUUUUCGAGAGUGAAGGUUGCAGAAUGGUUGAAAUGACGUGUGAAGAGCACGACGUCCAUGCUGCCGGGAGUCAAUUCAUAACGCACACAGUCGGAAGGGUUCUGGGAAGCCUUGGACUUGAAUCCACACCCAUCAACACUAAGGGAUACGAAUCGUUAUUGAGACUUGUUGAGAACACGUACAGCGACAGUUUCGACCUUUACUACGGGUUAUUCCUGUACAACAAGAACGCUACCGAAGAGUUGCAAAACCUGGAACGUGCUUUUGACACCGUCAAGUCUCAACUUUUUGAUAAACUACACUCGAUCUUACGACAGCAAAUGCUAAUGAAGAGUGAAGAUUCAAAAGAGCCCAACUUGUUGAAAUCCGCUCCUCCGACCGUAAAGACCUUGCUGCUGUCAGAUAACAAGAACACAGCUGCCCCUGCAGUGAAAGGCAUUGAUGUCAAUAUCAAUGUCACCAGCAACUCAAAAUCUGUUCCCGAGGUACUUUCGGCAAAAGCUUUUCAAGCCAAAGCCGAAUCCGAAAUAAGUUGAGAUGUGACAUUAAGGUGUUCUCACUCUAGAGAAGAAUAUCUCUCUUGUACCCAUGUCCACGCCCUGUAUCAAAUUUUUUCUCCCGGCUCCCUUUUCACUUUAGCUUUUAGAGUAGGUUCAGCUAUCUGGUAAUAAAACCACAUAGAAGUCAAUAAUACUGGAAAUUAUUUUUACUCGCAGAACUAUGCUUUGCAGUAUUGUUGCCUCUACCUACCAUUCCCCCUCGCUAGGUUGGUACUUCACAAUUUCUGUUAGGCGAGUUGUUCCACGGAGCAACGAGGGCAAUAGUUAGUACAUCUACUGUAUUAGAGGUGACUGUAUCGGAGGUUUUUCUCACUUCGAGUUCUGUUUGUACGAUAACUCUUAUUACCAUUAUUGUUUUCCUGGCAGACACACAUGUCGUGUCACACUUUACUUGAAA